GCCUUCGAAGCGAUGCGAUCUGCAAGGCUAGAGCCCAACGAGGUGACCUACACUGCCCUGCUCCGCGCGCGCAUCGCGGCCGGCGACCGGGCCGGUGCCAAGCGCCUCGCCGUGGAGGGAAGGCUCAACGAGGUGGGCUUCACGCUGCUCAUCAAUGCAUACGCCAUGUCGGGCGAUGUCCGCGGUGCAAAGGAUGCUUUCGAGUUGCUCAGCAAGCAGUCGAGGCCCAACCUGGCUUCGUACACUGCCUUGAUGAAAGCCUACGCAAAGGCAAGGGAUGCACGGGGCGCCGAUGAAGUGCUGGCGCAGAUUCAAAAGCACAGUCUGCAGCCCAAUUCGGCGACCUAUGCUACUCUCAUAUCGGCGCAGGCUAAG